UUCCUUGACUUGAUGUCGGCAGUCAUUUUAUGUAAUUUUUUUGGUGUUGCUUUUAUCGUCCUUCCCUUUAAGAUAGAUGAAACGUUGUUACAUAUCUCAGUGAACAUUGCUUCAUGACAUCUCUAGGUGAAGAGUCAGUUGAUGGAAAUGUAGGCUUUCGGUGAAGAUUACUCGGGUAUUUUCAUAGAAAGACUGCAGGAAGAGAAGAGAGGGAGCGAGCGAGAGGAGUGUUUCAUUGUGACAACCGAAGUCUAGCCUACAGGAACUGCAGAGCUACAGCCAUGGAUGUAGACGUGGUGAACAUGUUUGUCCUGGCGGGAGGAACUCUAGUCAUCCCUAUCCUGGCAUUCUUUGCCUCAUUCUACAUGUGGCCUGCUGCUAUCAUCCAUGUCUACAACUGGUACUGGCGUCGGCGGCUGGGCCUGCAGGUUGUCUACUCUGAGAACAGAGGCUACCGGUUCUGUUACUCCCACAGAGGGAAGCCUGGUCCGGGCCGACCCACUAUUCUCAUGCUCCAUGGGUUUUCUGCUAACAAGGACAUGUGGCUGCCUGUGGCUAAGUUCCUGCCCAAGCACCAGCACCUGCUGUGCAUUGACAUGCCCGGACACGAGGGCACCAGCCGCACCGAUGCCAGAGACUAUUCCAUAGAGGGACAGGUCAAGAGGAUACGACAGUUCGUGGAGAGUGUCCGUCUGACCAAGAGGCCCUUCCAUCUCGUGGGCACCUCCAUGGGAGGAAACGUUGCUGGGGUGUAUGCAGCCCGUUACCCCAACGACCUUUGCAGUGUCACCCUCAUCUGUCCGGCAGGUCUUCCUACCGAGAGUCCGUUUGUGGAGCGUCUGAGGGAGUUGGAGAAGGACCAGGAACUGAGUGGGAGCCUGGAUCCCCAGGGCAUCCCUCUGAUCCCCUCUACCCCAGAGGAGAUGGACGAUAUGCUCAAACUCUGCUCUUUCGUACGCUUCAAGAUCCCUCAACAGAUUCUUCAGGGAUUGGUGGAUGUUCGAGUUCCAAACAACGACUUCUACAGAGAGUUGUUCAUGGAGAUCGUAGGAGAGAAGUCCAGACACUCCUUACAUGAGAACAUGCAUCUGAUCACAGUCCCAACACAGGUCAUCUGGGGGAAGCAUGACCAGGUGGUGGAUGUUUCUGGAUCAUCUAUGCUGAAGGAGGCUGUCUCUGGCUGUCAGGUGGACCUGCUGGACAACUGUGGUCACUCUGUGGUGAUGGAGCGCCCUCGCAAGACAGCACAGCUCAUCAUGGACUUUAUCAAUAACCAACACAACACUGGCUCCAACAACAGCAAGAAACUCUCCUGAGACUGACGACCUGGAGCUUAGACUUUAUAGUGCCCGUUUCCCGGGCAAAGUUAAACCUAGUCCUAGACGAAGAAGCACUUUCAAUGGGGGUUUGAUCUCCAUUGAACAUGCGUUUCAGUCAGGGACGAGGUUUCAGUCAGGGACGAGGUUUCAGUCAGGGUUUCAGGUUUCAGUCAGGGACGAGGUUUCAGUCAGGGACGAGGUUUCAGUCAGGGACGAGGUUUCAGUCAGGGACGAGGUUUCAGUCAGGGUUUCAGGUUUCAGUCAGGGUUUCAGGUUUCAGUCAGGGUUUCAGGUUUCAGUCAGGGUUUCAGGUUUCAGUCAGGGACGAGGUUUCAGUCAGGGACUAGGUUUCAGUCAGGGAUGAGGUUUCAGUCAGGGACGAGGUUUCAGUCAGUGACGAGGUUUCAGUCAGGGACUAGGUUUCAGUCAGGGUUUCAGGUUUCAGUCAGGUACAAGGUUUCAGUCAGGGACUAGGUUUCAGUCAGGGACGAGGUUUCAGUCAGGGACGAGGUUUCAGUCAGGGACGAGGUUUCAGUCAGGGUUUCAGGUUUCAGUCAGGGUUUCAGGUUUCAGUCAGGGUUUCAGGUUUCAGUCAGGGACGAGGUUUCAGUCAGGGACGAGGUUUCAGUCAGGGACUAGGUUUUAGUCAGGGACUAGGUUUCAGUCAGGGUUUCAGGUUUCAGUCAGGGACGAGGUUUCAUUUAGGGUUUCAGGUUUCAGUCAGGUACAAGGUUUCAGUCAGGGACUAGGUUUCAGUCAGGGAUGAGGUUUCAGUCAGGGACGAGGUUUCAGUCAGUGACGAGGUUUCAGUCAGGGACUAGGUUUCAGUCAGGGUUUCAGGUUUCAGUCAGGUACAAGGUUUCAGUCAGGGACUAGGUUUCAGUCAGGGACGAGGUUUCAGUCAGGGACUAGGUUUCAGUCAGGGUUUCAGGUUUCAGUCAGGGUUUCAGGUUUCAGUCAGGGACUAGGUUUCAGUCAGGGACUAGGUUUCAGUCAGGGUUUCAGGUUUCAGUCAGGUACAAGGUUUCAGUCAGGGACUAGGUUUCAGUCAGGGACUAGGUUUCAGUCAGGGACGAGGUUUCAGUCAGGGUUUCAGGUUUCAGUCAGGGACUAGGUUUCAGUCAGGGACGAGGUUUCAGUCAGUGACGAGGUUUCAGUCAGGGACUAGGUUUCAGUCAGGGUUUCAGGUUUCAGUCAGGUACAAGGUUUCAGUCAGGGACUAGGUUUCAGUCAGGGACUAGGUUUCAGUCAGGGUUUCAGGUUUCAGUCAGGUACUAGGUUUCAGUCAGGGACUAGGUUUCAGUCAGGGACUAGGUUUCAGUCAGGUACUAGGUUUCAGUCAGGUACUAGGUUUCAGUCAGGUACUAGGUUUCAGUCAGGGUUUCAGAUUUGUCAGGUACUAGGUUUCAGUCAGGGACUAGGUUUCAGUCAGGGACUAGGUUUCAGUCAGGGUUUCAGGUUUCAGUCAGGGACUAGGUUUCAGUCAGGGACUAGGUUUCAGUCAGGGACUAGGUUUCAGUCAGGGACUAGGUUUCAGUCAGGGUUUCAGGUUUUAGUCAGGGACGAGGUUUGUCAGGGACUAGGUUUCAGUCAGGGACUAGGUUUCAGUCAAGGACUAGGUUCCAGUCAGGGUUUCAGGUUUCAGUCAGGGACGAGGUUUCAGUCAGGGACUAGGUUUCAGUCAGGGACUAGGUUUCAGUCAGGGUUUCAGGUUUAAUUCGGGAAUAGAUUUCAUUUCGGGUUUCAGGUUUCAGUCAGGGACUAGGUUUCAGUCAGGGACUAGGUUUCAGUCAGGGUUUCAGGUUUAAUUCGGGAAUAGAUUUCAUUUCGGGUUUCAGCUUUCAGUCAGGGACUAGGUUUCAGUCAGGGACUAGGUUUCAGUCAGGGUUUCAGGUUUCAGUCAGGUACUAGGUUUCAGUCAGGUACUAGGUUUCAGUCAGGGUUUCAGGUUUCAGUCAGGUACUAGGUUUCAGUCAGGGACUAGGUUUCAGUCAGGGACUAGGUUUCGGUCAGGGACUAGGUUUCAGUCAGGGACUAGGUUUCGGUCAGGGACUAGGUUUCAGUCAGGGUUUCAGGUUUCAGUCAGGGACUAGGUUUCAGUCAGGGUUUCAGUCAGGGUUUCAGUAAGGUACUAGGUUUUAGGUUUAAUCUGUGUCCAGGAAACUAGCCUACAGUGAGCGUUUAUCUGUAAAAAAAUCUAAUCUGUAAAUGAUGUAGUAAUAUUUUUCUAAUCUAGUCCUCAGGGAAUGAGCCCAUCAACCAGCUGGCUGCGGUUUCAUGCUUGAAUUUGAUUUUAAGGUGAAGGAAGACUGGGAUACAAUAUUGUGACAUUGUAUUUAUUUAGUGAUUUAAGGACCUUAAUUUCAAAUGUUAUAUUCUUUGUUUAAUUGCCAAUGUGUUACUAAACUUACUUACAUGAUUUUGCCAAAACAUGAUUUUAUAUUGUAUUUGAGUUUGUGUUACCUCGGAGUCAGCUGAAGGACUGUGGUCGGUAGUGUCUGAGACGGAUCCCGCCUGAAAACACAAGAUGUAAAGGAAGACACAAACUCAAAUCAAACUACUUCUAGUUGUUGUUAGAUUGAUUUGUCUUGUUGAAGGUUGGUACAUGGUCUUACUAUUAUCCACAGACAUGUUACACCUUGUACAUUAGAAACAUAUUGAAGGAACAUUUGUCAUUGUGUUUUAUGAUCAAAUAAAUGUUAUUAAAAACAAUGGAGCUACAAUGACGUACAUUUUGUAAUAUUAUGAUUAACCAAGUACUUUUUCUUCAAGCGCUGCUAUAGCCUGUUAUAUGUGAUAUAAACUGAUGGUAUCGAUGCAUGACGAUAGAGUAUCGAUGCAAUGAGACACAACAACCAACGCCUGCAUAUUUUCAAGUUUGCUUUGUUUAGUUUUAGCUGAUGCCAUGUCGUUAAGUUACACUGAGACAAAAAAAUGAUUUGUGACACUUGUUAUCCUUGUACAUGUUAAUGAGUUGUCAAUACUCAAUGUUUUUGCUUGUUCACGUAAAGCACCAAAUAAAACUAUUUUUCUCAUGCUGA